GCUCUUUAUUCACUGCAGAUACACUAUGGCAAAGCUGCUUUUAGUUUGCCUUUGCACGCUAAUAUCAACAUUAUUCUUAUUCUGCGGCCCAAGUCAAGCCUUGUACUUACCAGGUGUUGCUCCAAACGACUAUACGAGCGAUAGUAAUGUGCCUUUAUUCGUCAAUUCACUUACUCCCAUGUCCAAUCAGCAAAAGUCGCUGAUAUCUUAUGAUUAUUAUGAUGAACGCUUUCACUUUUGCAAGCCUGAGGGUGGUCCUGAAAAUCAACCUGAGAGCUUAGGCUCAGUAUUAUUUGGUGAUCGUAUCAUGACAUCCCCUUUCAAGCUUACACUCGGUAAAGGGCUCGCGGAUGUGAUUCUAUGUAAAAGUGAUGCCAUUCCUGCUAAGGAUGUAGAGUUUAUUAAUGAAUGUAUUGCAAAUGAUUACGCCAUGAAUUGGGUUGUCGAUGGUCUUCCAGCAGCUCACAUUACAAUUGAUGAACGCACAAACGACCAAUAUUACAGUAUCGGUUUUGCACUUGGUGCUUCUGAAGGAGAGAGAAAGUACCUGAACAAUCACUACGACAUCAAGAUUUCUAUUCAUCGACGUGACGAUGGAAAGUAUCGAGUUGUUGGUGUGAUCGUCACUCCUUCAAGUCGGAAACAAACCAUUGAUGCAAAUGGAAAACUUGUCGUAUCAGAUUCACCCAUGACUUUACACGCAGGCGAUCAAGUCGUUUAUACUUAUAGUGUCACCUGGCAGCCAUCUGAUAAUCCUUGGGCUACUCGUUGGGAUAACUAUUUGCGUAUCCAGGAUCCUUCCAUUCACUGGUUUUCUUUGAACAAUUCUAUUGUUAUCGUCUUGUUUUUAACAGGUAUGGUUGCCAUGAUUUUGAUACGCGCUUUGCAUAAAGAUAUCUCUCGCUACAAUGCCGUGGAGGCACAAGAAGAUGUCCAGGAGGAUUAUGGGUGGAAGUUAGUUCAUGGUGACGUCUUUAGACCUCCGCAACGACGCAUGCUUCUUUCUGUACUUGUCGGAAAUGGUAUUCAAGUUGUCGCAAUGGCCGGCUUAACACUAGUGUUUGCUGUCCUUGGAUUCUUAUCACCCUCCAACCGUGGUGCGCUUGGAACAGUGAUGGUUAUACUCUUUAUGGUUUCCAGCUGUACUUCAGGAUAUAUAUCAGCUCGCCUCUACAAGAUGAACGGUGGAGAGAACUGGAAGAUGAACAUUUUGCUUACGGCAACCCUUGUACCAGGCUGUAUCUUGAGUUUCUUGUUCUCUAUGAAUCUCUUCCUGAUCCAUUCCCACUCUUCUGGAGCUGUUCCCUUUGGAACCAUGAUCACCCUGAUUGCACUUUGGGCCAUUAUUGCUCUUCCUCUUAGUGUUGCAGGAUCAUAUUUUGGUUUCCGCCAACCUCGUAUUGAGCACCCUGUCCGUACGAAUCAAAUUCCACGACAGAUUCCUGAUCAACCAAUGUAUCUUCGUAGUAUCCCAUCUAUUCUCAUGGGUGGUAUCUUACCCUAUGGCGCAAUCUUUAUUGAACUCUAUUUUAUUAUGAACUCGAUCUGGUUCCAUCGUAUUUAUUAUGGCAUUGGUUUCCUUUUCCUUGUCUAUUUUAUCCUCAUCUUGACCUGUACCCAAGUAGCCAUUCUUAUGUGCUAUUUCCAUCUCUGCAGUGAAGAGUAUCAUUGGUCAUGGCGGUCCUUUUUGACCACAGGCGCUACUGGUUUCUAUGUAUUCUUGUAUUCUAUCCUUUAUUAUUUCACCAAGCUAAACAUCAACACUAUCACGAGCACAGUCUUGUAUUUCGGAUACUCCUUCUUACUCAGUCUGAUGCUCACUCUUUUCACUGGAUCCGUUGGCUACCUCUCAUGCUUAUAUUUCUUACACAGAAUUUUUGCUAGUAUCAAAGUAGACUAAAAAUAAUAUAGAAAAUAAAAAUAGUGUGUGUUUUCACUUGAAACGAGACAUAAAUUUGACAGGUCCCCUAAAUAAGUCCCAAAUAGGAAAUGAAGAUACGCCCUGUAGAAAAACAGCCACAAUGAUAUUUU